AUGUCCGACAGUCGCUCCUUCUCCAUCCCCACAGUCCGCAUUCCUCCGCCGCCGUCUCCCCAUAGUCCGUUACGAUCCCCGAAGCGAAGGCAACAUCUACGACAUCUACCAGUCGAUGAAGACCCGCUUCUUGGGAAGCUGUCCCCAGAAGCAAUUCUCGAUGCUCUUGCCGCUAUCAACGCUGUGACUAGACAUGAAGGCCACGCAAAGGAUCUUCUUACUAGAAGUAUUUCACAAGCUUCACCUGAUGAUCGGUUACUCGGAGCCCGAGCAGCCAUAGCAGCCAAAAGGCUGAGAGAAUGGCUAAAGGAAUUACAAGUGUGGCAAUGGCCAAAGGGGCUCAGCAUACAACAAGGCAAGGGCUUUAUCACGCCGUUGGAUAAUCAGUCGGAGUUUUGGGGUAGUCUUCCAGCCCAUCUAGUCGUGGAAUACGAAGCUCGACUAGAGCAGAUCCGAGACGGCAUGGAGGGUUUGAACGUGGACGAACUAAAGGAACAUAUCAUGAACGUCCAUGUACCAGGUCGAUCCCGUCCAUCCUCAGCACACAGUGCUCUUAGUGCGAUAUCCGCUCCUCCGUUUACACACGUACAAUUAAGCGAUUUCACCGCAGUUAUUACGGCCACUAUACUCCGUGCCUUGCCUACGUUGGCACGAUUGAAUGUGCUGUUCGAUAAUUGGACCGUGAGAUUACUUGUGUUGCGCCAGAUCCCGGGUCUUUUGACUUCUUUGGAUACGGCACGUGCAUUCCUCGACUGUACGUUACUCGCUACUCAGGAGUCUCAACGAAAUAAACGUUAUUCCAUGCUAGACUCGAAUUCCGGACGCGAGAAACUCGUUCAACUCAUUGGUACGGCUGGAUCUCGUAUGGACACGGUUCUAGACGCUUUGGAGGGUCGAGAGGAUUCUAUCCCUGAAGCAUGGAUUGACAGGAUGGAUGCGUUGGAGACGGAUUUUGCAAACUGGGUUCAGCUUACAGGAAAGAUGGCAAUUGAAAAAGUAUGGGUGUCCUCGGAGUCAGACGUACAUAGAAGAUCGGUUGUUGAAGAAGAGGAGUUGCAACCGGAGGUUACCGACACGGAGCAACAACUUGAUGAAGCUGCAACAGAACGAAAUGUUCAGACUCAUGAAGAUUUAUCCUCUGCCACUGCCAACGAGAUAGUCGAUGCUACUCCAGGUGUCACCACGACGUCACAGAAUAUAGCACCCUCGCCAGAAGCUAUUCCUACUCCUUCACUCGACAUUACAGACAGUCUUCCUAUUGCCACCGCAGAUACAACUUCAUUGCCCGUGGCCAACAAAGCAGAUGAGCCAGACUUGAUUACAGAUAAUGAAAAUCCAAAACCUAUACUUACGGCUACCGAACCUCAUUCGACAUCCAAGUCUGUAGAAGAAACCCCUAAUCUUGAUAUUCCAUCCAUCACAGUGAAAUUCGAACAAGCAGAAGCUCAUUCCGACCCUCCGAUUCCGAUAAUGGAGCCCAAUCACAAUUAUAAACAAGGAGCAAUCCAGACCGACCCUGCAACAAAUCCCGAGGUCGAAAAAUCAACGAUCCCGCUUCGAGUGAAAAAGUCUAUUCCUGUUCUUGAAAUGAUUGAGGAGUCAACCUCCGAGGAUUCUGAGUCUGGGUCCGUACAACACCAUACAGAACCAUUGAAAUCACUACCACUACCAGCUGUUGAAAGUCACAACUUCAACCUUCCUCCUGAGACGCAAACCGAAGCCAGUCAUGCUACAACAGAAGACAAAUCCGACCUUCUACCAACAUCCGUCAUGCCGACGAUUGUCGAUCAAGAUGAGCAGCAGCAAGCACUUUUCGAAAAUGUUGAGUUCUCUGAAGAUUUACAAAAGCAUCGACAACACCAUCCGACCACACUAACUACCGAUUCAAAUAAGGAGGAGGUUGCAGAAACAAGCGAAAAACAGCAUUCUACUGAUAGCCAUUCAAGAACAGAAGCUACGUCGACCAUAGAGCCGGUGACAGGGACCGUCGAUCACCCCAAUACCGUCCAAAGAGAAAAACCAGAUCAGGUCCGCGCGCAUAUUGUGGAAAUAUUAAACUCUGAUGUAUCUAUACCAGAAUUAGAUGCAGGCGAGUCCUCCCCACGACAUCCAGACUCCGAAAGUCCACGUUCUGUUAUGACACCCUGGCUUGCCCCAGAAGAUGCCGCUAUCAAAGAGACGCCCCAGAGCUCCUUAAUAGAAUCGCCUAUCAAGGUCAUGACAACUGCCGGUCAGAGCUUUGUGCCUCUCGGCCUUUCCAAAUUCAUGAAGAAGCGAUAG